AUGCUCGAGAAGCGCGAAAAUAACUCUUUCCUCUUGUCGGGAGCAGUCGUGUCGCCAAUUUCAAUCCCCAGUCACCUCCCCGCACAACUCGUUACUCCAUCAAUAUAUCAGAAUCAUUCGCUCAUGCCUUCCCCUAAAACUCGCAUUACAUUUGUGGAUGAAAACAUUUCCUCCCUCAUUGACGACUGGCGUGUCUAUGUUCAGCAGCUUCGAACCCAAUUUCAAGGCGAACGUGCACAUAUGAGAGCAGAUCGAGAUCGAGCAGAAGAAAUAAUGGCUGGAGAACAAGAUUUAUGGGAUCGUGAAAGGGAGUUAUGGAAUACCGAGCGGAAGGCACUAAAAAUACGCAUCGUAGAACUCGAGGCACAAUUACAAGCUGUCACUAACAUGGAACCAAGCAAUCCACAGCCUUCAAGUUCUACCCGCACGAGCCUCACCUCUGGUACACUUAAUAUGGAGGUCGCAACAUCAACUAGAAUUCCACAAGAAUCAGGCCGUAAUCUAGAUGGAAGCCCAUUCUACGCACCUGCUCCACUAAACCCAACCCGUACUUUUGGUACUAAAGCUGCUGCUGUUGUGCCUGUGGAGGAAGUCUUCGCUACAUUUGAUGGCAAAAACCAGCCAUCAAGCUCAAUUCACCCUAUUAAUCCAAAUUUAACAAAGGAGAGUCUUGAUACAAUUUCUGAUGUCAUAGAAUCCUCCCGCAAAUACACCGAAGUUGAUGGUGUAGCCAUCCGUAACCCCACAACCUCGCGCUCGUUUAUGACGAACUCGUUAUCCUCAGUACUCGAAUCUGCGAAUCUUAGUCAACUAAAGUCCGGAAUAACGCCGACAGAAUUCGCGCAGAAAUCAAAGGAUCAAAGAGAAAGGAUUGAAACUAUUAUUCCUUCAUUAUCGGCCCAGCCAGAAAAUAAACGCUUGACUUUAUUUGCUGGCCACACCCCUAAUCAUUCCGUAACCAAAUUUGAUCUAGCAGAAAGCGAGGCAGUAUCACCUGCUCACACAAUAAAGGAUUCAGCCGAUAAGCACAAGCAUAUAACUCAAGCUAACUCUAAGGAAAUAGAAAGUGGAUCGAAGUCCAGCUCAGAAGAUAGCGAUGAUGGCGAUAAAGAAUUCUCAGGGCCGCUCGGCCUCAUUAAUGAAAGAGUUCAGGAUGAUUUUUUUCUCUCUCAGCUUACAAAAAAAUUAGCAAAGGAAGCUAAGAAAAAAGAUGAUCAUAGUCAUGAUGACGUGUUGUCCUCAAAUCUUGUAUCGCAAGCUGAUAUAUCGUCAUCGACUCCAGAUCAAAAGGACGAAGGUCCUAAACUGCGAAUGAAGCCCAGCUUGAACUUCGGUAGACCGUUUGGGAGCAUGUAA